AUGUUCCCUUCCCAGCAUCAGCAAAGGGCAAAAACCAAUUCGAUCUCCCAUGCCACACAUCCUCCAAAUCCCAAGAAGCAGAAAUGCUUGUCAGGUGCCUGCAUUUCUCGCGAAGACACCUGCGACGAAGAAUCUGCUUCUCCGUUCACGUUCUCCACACUUUUGGAGCAGAAGGACCUCUGGAUCAAUGAUAUCCUUCCCCUUGUGGGGAUGGGUCAAUAUGCCUUUGUUGGUGGGGUCAACAAACAGAUGAAGGGGCUCUAUGAGAAAUUCUGUUCUACUGUGAAGGAUGCUCCCCUUGUCCGCCAUCAGAACCAUAAGAAAAUUCCAGCAACCAGCACCGAUACCGUUCAUAGUGCUGCAUUCUACAAUGUUGACUGUGCCAAAUACUGGUACAGUGACGAUCCAGCAACAAAACGCCCACCGAUCACAACGUCUGCGCAGCAAUUGCCAAAUAUGGGAGUAUUCCAGUGA